ACUCCCUCCCUCUCUCUCUUGCUAUCGCGUCAUUCAUAUACAUCGUCCCCUUCGUGUUGUCAUACCUAUUGACUCCAGCGUCCAGCAUCAACCAUCUUGCUUCUCACACAUCUCCAAACAACCUGAUUGAUUCCGCACCACUGCCCCCAGGAGCACCGAACUGCCAUCUGACUCCGCGUCGCGUGAAGGCGCUUCGUUGAGCGGAGUGCAGGGAGAGUAACAGAACGAGAAAGAGGAGAAGAAGGAUAAGAAGAGGAAGAAGAAGAAGAAGAAGAAGAAGGAAAUGGCGUCUCCCGUCCUCGCGCGUCCCACAUCCCAAAACUCGUCGGAACGAGGCAUAGAAGAAGAAGACGCGCUCCUCACCGGUCAGAGAACGGGCAAAUCCGAGUCUGACAGCAGAUGGAAACGCUGGCGAGAAAUAGGACUCUUCGUUUGGGCCGUCAUCGCCACCACUGUGGUGAUUAUCUUGGCAGUAGUAUGGCAACACAACACCGAUACCAGACAUGCGGGCAAAGGCGGAGCAGGGGGAGGAAAGAAGAAUCUCAUUUUCAUGGUCUCGGAUGGAAUGGGACCGACAUCUCUGGCUUUGACGAGAAGUUGGAGACAGUAUACAGGCGGACUCGGCUGGAACUCAACAUUGGUGCUGGAUGAUCUCCUGAUCGGACAGAGUCGCACGAGAAGUUCGAGUUCUCUAGUCACCGACUCUGCGGCUGGUGCGACGGCCUUCUCAUGCGGAGAGAAGAGUUACAAUGGCGCCAUUUCUGUGUUGCCGGAUUAUGAACCUUGUGGCUCUGUCAUGGAGGCGGCGAAGAGGUUAGGCUACAUGACUGGCCUGGUGGUCACGACGAGGAUUACAGAUGCGACGCCCGCCGUGUUUGCGAGUCAUGUGAGGAGAAGGGAAAUGGAGGAUGAGAUUGCACUCCAGAUGUUGGGGAAGACGCAUCCCCUGGGGAGGAUGGUGGAUUUGAUGAUGGGAGGCGGGAGAUGUCAUUUCUUGCCCAAUACGACCGAAGGGAGCUGCCGAGACGAUGCAAUCGACGCUGUGGAGUGGGCGAAGGAAGAGGGAUGGAAGUACAUUGAUUCGAGAAAGGAGUUUGAUGGGUUAUUAUCACCUUCCCGUGGUGAUGAUACGACCGAGAAGGCAAAGCAACUCUUGCCUCUACUCGGCCUCCUCGCGCCAACUGACAUCCCUUACGAAAUUGAUCGCCGACACCAAAACGAGACAUACCCAAGUCUCGAGGAGACAGCAAGAACUGCUCUCCAAAUCCUUUCUGCAGCGACCAAACACUCGGACAAAGGCUUCUUCAUCAUGAUUGAAGGUUCCCGAAUCGAUCACGCCGGCCACGGGAACGAUCCAGCUGCACAAGUCCACGAAGUACUCGCCUACGACAGAACUAUCCAAGCCGUCCUCGACUUUAUUGACAACUCCGAUGUCCCUACCCUCAUGGUGAGCACAUCCGAUCACGAAACUGGAGGUCUCGCCGCCGCCCGACAACUGCAUUCCACAUAUCCCGAGUAUCUGUGGUACCCUGCCGUCUUGGCCAAUGCCUCCCACUCCGCAAGUCACACUUCACGAGAAUGGUACUCGCACUUCCAUUCUCCCUCCUCCUCCUCCUCCUCCUCCUCUUCUUCUUCUCCACCAAGUGACAACGGUAACUCGGCAUCUGUCUCAACCACUGCAGAAGACCGCGAAUAUCUCACCUCGCUCCUUCAAUCUAACCUCGGGAUCCACGACGCGUCUCCAUCAGAACUCGACUCCCUCCUCGAUGAAUCAAGUCCGGCAUCCUACCUGUUCGCCGACAUGGUCUCCCGGCGCGCACAAACCGGCUGGUCCACCCAUGGUCAUUCCGGCGCGGAUGUCAACAUCUACACUUCUGACCCUCGAGCCGCACGAGCUCUGAGGGGUAACAAUGAGAAUACAGAUGUGGGAGGGUUUCUGAGAGGGUUUCUCGGACUUGAGAAGGAGGUGGAGAAGGUGACUGCGCUGUUGAAGCAACAUGCACAUGCUAGUGAGAAUUCGCAUGUGCAGUUCUUGGGCCCUCUGCCCGCUGAGGGGGAGCGGUUGGAUGGCCAGAGUCAUUUGGAUUCCCACGAGGAACAUGGAGGCUAUCAUGGGGAUUUCAAGCAUCGGCACAAGAGGGUGGAGGAGCAGGAGAAGAGAUGUCAAGUUUGUGGGGUGUAGGCUACUUCUUUGCGAGCUUGGAUGGGGGAGAAGCUGAGGUUUGUGUUAGGGGAGGUGGUGGGGGAGAUGAUGAGUGAGUCGGGGAGUGUUGGCGAUGCUUGAUUGAUUGACUGAAGAAACACCUGAGUGUCCUAUCAAUGCAUCAUGUUAUGGAUAUUUUCUUUGCAUUAGCGUUGGAGUCUCUGUAAUGGGAAGUCGAUCGGUCCUGUAGCAACGGUCUUUUAUCUAUACCUAACUUCUUGCCUGAAUCCUUUUACUUGUUCGGCUAGGUAACAAGCAAUGAAUCAAA